CCUUCUCUCUCUCCAUCCUCACUGUGUCUCGCUCACUCCCUCUUCUCCUCUCACACUCCUCUCCUCACCCGGGCAGCCUCAUCUCCUUCUCCAAGAUGACGGGCCCUCUCAGCAGCGCAGCGUUCCUGAUCAGAGUCUUCGUCUUUCUGAGCGCCGUGCCGGGCUUACCCUGCAAGCCGUUGAACCAAGGCGGUCAGCACAGAGUCUCUUGGAGCCGCGACGAUCCGACCGCGGGGCGCCGUUUCCGGAGGGACCUGCACGACUCCCUGCCCCCCCUCCCCUAUGAGGCCGAGAUGAUGAUGAUGGCGUACCCCCCUUCCUCCUCCUCCUCCAACGCCCGCAACGAUGUCUACUACCAGCCGGGGGAGGGGGGCUGGAGGGAACGUGGACAGCAGGACGACCAGCGACUGGGUCAGGCCCUGCAGCAGCUGGUGGAGGACGGUCGGAGACGGGACCAGGAGGCUGUCUAUCUAGCCGGCUUGCUACGACUCCUGACCCCCGAGGCGGGGCCCGAGGGCUACCCCGGGGCUCAGCAGAGGCCCCCCAAACCCGGUGAGGCAGGCUUGGCCCCAGCUGUCGAUUUCCAGGGCCCCUUCCCACCCGAUUAUGACGACACCAGCGUGGCAAAGCCCCAGAGAGGGUGGCAGAAUGUCCAGAACCUAAUGGAGCCCCAGCUUGCCCAGGCACUGAUGAACCGAUACAGGCAGGAGAAGCUCUACGAGGCCGGGCUCUCCCCUCCGCCAGCCUCCAGACUCGUGCUUCAAGAGGCAGCAGCCGAGGCAGAGGGGGAGGCAGAAAGAGAGGGGGACGAGGACGUGUUGAGGUACCUGGUCGGGCAGAUCCUGUCCAGCGCGGCCAGCGAGGGGGGUCCGCAGCCCCCGGCCCGGCUGUCGAAGGGAGGGCAGUCAGAGGACUACUCGGGGCUCCGGCGCUCCCGCCGGUCACUGGGCGACGGAGCGGGCAGCCCCGAGGAGGAGAACCUGCUGCGGGUCAAGCGAAUAGACGAGGCGGGGGUGAGAGACGCGAUCCAGGGGCUGCAGCAGCGCACGAAGAGGGUCGAUAGCGAACCACAGGCGGGGAAGCAAGCGAGGAAGCGCCGCUACGUUGCGUACGACCCAGAAGAGCUGGCGGAAAGGAUCUUGAAAUAUCUGCCGGAUUAAAAACAGAUAUAUAUUUGAAAAUAAUAAUUAAUAAUUGCAUUUAAAUUAAACUUACUUAUAGGUAAAACCUGUUUCGACACACGACCGCUGCAGUUACCAAAAAAAAAGAAAAUGUUUGUUUCGUUUUACAAAACUGCGCCGAUUGGUUUAUUUUAAUGUAUUUAUUUAAUUUUUUCGUUUUAACCCUACGCCGCGAAACUAAAACAGCAAAUGUGAUCAGUACUGACCAAACCCCUUCAGACUAUCUAAACAAAAUAAUAAUAAUAAUAAUAAUAAUAAUAAUAAUAAUAAUAAUAAUAAUAAUAAUAAUAAUGGAAAUA